UAACUAAGCACUUUCUGAAAAUAGGCUGCUAAACUGACCAGUUGCACAGCUAAAAAACGGACACACGGAAAAUGAGGAGCUCUAUUUCAUCCUGAGAUCUAUUGUUAACAUACAGCCCAUCACAGCAGUGUUCUGACUGGUGUUUGAUAAGAAUUGAUUUCUUCGUGUCAAUUAGCGGGCGGAGGAACGGUUUGAAUACAGAAAGGCUUAACUGUUAACUAGCUAACCCUAACUAGUAACUUGGCAUUCAUACCGUCUGCUAGGUAACGUUAAACGAAAACCAGUGAACACCAAGGAGCAUUUUCAAUGAUUUAAUGACCAUGAGACGGAGCCCAAGGAGACCCCUGAUCCUCAGAAGACGAAAGCUGCCUUUUCAGCAAAAUGAUCCGCCAGUAUCUGAGUUGCAAGGCCAACCUGGUGCAUCAGGCUCCAAAGAACCUUCUAAUUCAGCUGCCAGUCAGUGCUUCCCUGAUGGCAUCCGCAUUAUGGAUCACCCUUCCAUGUCUGAUACACAGGUGGUUGUCAUUCCCAAAACUGCAGACCUUCAAAGUGUUAUUGGGGUCCUCACUGCCAAAGGCAAAGAGUCUGGUGUACUGGGACCAAACAAGUUCAUCCUUCUUAGUGGGAAUGGCAGUGCUGACAAUGGAUCUUUUUGUCAGACUGCAGCUGAAGGGGAUGACAUCUCUACAAGGACUACAGCUGGACAACCAGUGAAAGCAGAGGAAUCUAUGCACUCCCCGGAUGCUAAACCUCUCACUGGAAUUAAACUAUGUAUGGAAAAAAAAUCUUCCUUAAAUGUGAAUAAGGAUCUGGAUUGUGGUCCUUUAGAUGACAGCCUCACCAACAUUCAGUGGCUGGGCAGGAUGAGCACAUGUGCCUUGGAACCAGAACCUGCCAAGCAGAUGACCGACAAGGAGAACCAUAACUCAAAUUCACAGGCACAAGAUACACAAACGGAUGCAGAAGCUGUUCAGCAACCCAUGUCAGAGAGGCCACCAUACUCCUACAUGGCCAUGAUCCAGUUUGCUAUCAAUAGUCGGAAGAACAGGAGGAUGACACUGAAAGAGAUUUACAUGUGGAUCGAGGACCACUUCCCUUACUUCAGAGAGGUAGCCAAACCAGGAUGGAAGAAUUCAAUCCGCCAUAACCUCUCUCUACAUGACAUGUUCAUUCGUGAGACGUCACCAGAUGGUAAAAUUUCUUCCUGGACUAUCCGGCCUGAGGCCAAUCGAUGCCUUACACUUGAUCAGGUGUACAAGCCUGGCUGUGACCCAAUGACUGCUCCUGUUCCGGUACCAAUGCUUUUAUUUCCCCACCAACAACAAAAGAGGAUGCUUCCUGAUGCAAGAAAAACACCGACUGGCACUGAGAGAAGGAUGAAACCUCUUCUCCCUCGAACCGAUUCCUACUUUGUUCCUAUCCAGCUGCCCGUCUCCUCCUCCGUCUACCUGCCGUCCUCAACGGCCCAGUUCCCCCCCUCCUGCUCGCAGCAGAAACGGAACACUCCACGAGAAGCCAAGAGAGUGCGGAUAGCUCCUAAGGUGACACAAUGUGACGUCCCAACUGUGACAGUGUAUCCUCAGAAGAACAAAGACCUCAAGGUAAAGGAGGAAACAGUAUGUGUUUCAGUUAAAUGCGAGACACCUAAGUCCUUUCCGAAGAGACAAGCCAGCAGCUCUCGACGUAAACAGCGCCUGGUUCACUCUGUGCACGAUGAGCCUGUCCUCCUCUGCCCUGAGAACACUUUCUUUGACUCUGGUGUAGCCUCUGAUGCGUCAGCUUUCCAGGACAUGAGAGAUACUGAGCUGGAUGAGCACCAGCAUGAGCAGCACAGCCCCGACCGGGAGUUUUCCUUCAAGACCCCCAUAAAAGGUAGCAGCCACCUGACCUCCUCCACACCCAGCAAGCCCCCCUGUAAUGUCGUCCCCGAGCCCUGGAAAGUGACCCCUGUGGGUAAAGGGAGCCAAAACGUUCUGGACUUCAGCCCCAUUCGCACACCAGGUGGCCUGGCAGUCACACCGCGGCACGAUUACACCACCUUCAGCCUCAACAGCACUCCCUUUAAAGAUUUGCCUUUGUUUAGCUCCCCCAGAGAGCUGCUCACAUCCGCUCCCUCCAGAGUGACGGAACCAACAGACUGUCCCAACGAAAGCCUCACAAGCAGCUGCUCCAGAGAGCUGCUUCAGGUGGGAUGCACCACACCGGCUAACCGCUCCAUUACAGAGGGCCUCGUCCUGGAUACAAUGAAUGACAGCCUGAGCAAGAUACUAGUGGACAUAAGCUUCUCUGGUCUGGAUGAUGAGGACCUAGGUAUGGCCAAUAUCAGCUGGUCCGAGUACAUCCCUCAACUUAAGUAGCCUGAGGAUAAAAAAAACAUGACAUGUAUGUUUUCCAAAACACUAUAGUUAAGAAACCAAACACAGAAACAGCAAAGCAGAUGCACAUUUAUGUAAAAUCACCAAUCUUGGUGGGGGUCUGUACACAAAUGUUUUAGGAAACUGUUGGAUUUGAAUAUGGUUUAUGGAGACUAUAGCAACUGAAUUAAAAGGAACAUUACAUUUUUUACUCAUAGUGGUAACUGAAGUUAAUGAACUUUGUCAGAGUGAGACACCAAAUAUAAGUAGAUACAUAAUAAGGCAUAUAGCCAAGAAUAUUAAGCAUAGGCAAAUAUAUAUUAGGAAUAUCAUCAAUACUAACAGUGAUUUGUUUUUGCCAGUGAGCAGUUGAGUUAAUUAGCUUGAAUAUAACUAUUAAAUGAACUGAUUUGUAUGGAUUAAAGGUAAAAUCCAUAAUGUUUUAUAGUUUGACAUUAUUUUAUUGAUCUGGUUGAGUGUGGUAAAGCACUACAGUUAAUUAAUUUCAUCACUUUGGCAAUAUAUAUAAUUCAUAUUACCUGAUCACUUGAUAUUUUCACUAUCACCAAGGUAAAACAACUUAACAAAAGCUAACAAAGUGCCGCUUUAAUAUAAUGGAUGUACCCUUCAAUUCGGCUGCUGCAGCCGUUCAUUUGAACCUUUUUUUUAUAGCUUGAAUACUCAAGUAAGUGCCAAAAUGGUUUGCCUCUUUUGUUGAAGUAUCAUUUAAAUUUGCUUUUCUGUUGCAUCUGCUUUGCUUUCUUCUAAAUGUUUCUGUCUGAUGUUUGAAGAAAGGUAAAAUAAUAAUUUAAUAAAUGAUUGGGAAACUUUAAUUUUUAUUGCCAGGUCCAAAUAGCAAGCUGCUCACUUGUUGUCCCUCACUUUGGAUGUUUGUCUUCACCUUUGGCCUAAUUUUUUUUUUAUUGGUUUCAUCAUUUAUUAACAGCCUCUUGUAUCACUUUUGUUUGUAUCCAUGAAACUUUCUAUGUUGAAAAAUUCACACAUGGUCUUGUUUUCUUUAUCAUUUAUUCUACAUGUCAUAACUGUCUGUACUCUUGAAGGAAUCGCUGGAGAAGAGAAAUAUGUAUGUUGAUUUGCACAUUUUAAUAUAUAAUUUAGCUUUUACAUAUGUAAAUGGAAAGACGAUAUAUUGCCUGAUAACCCAGUGCCAUUUUAUUCAGGCGGCCUCCUGGAAUCGACUUUUAGAUUGUGAUGCAGGAUUGUUUAGCAAUAAACAAUGGCAAGUAAUAAAAAUAGCACUAACCGCAGUAGAAUUGUCGAUGUACAUUAAUGGUAGAACUGUCUUCACCUUUUGACUUUAUAAAUCCUUACAGUAAUUGUUCAUCUGUGUGCCAGUAUCAGCUUAGGGGGCUCUUUGUACCUGCAGAGAGGUACAUUUUCCAUGCAGUGACUCCUCAUGUUAUCACCAUAGUUUGAGGAUAGAAUGGGACAUGUAUACCCAUUUUUGAAAAAAGCCACAAAAUAAUGUAUGGCUUUAAUCAUUUCUUCAUGUUUGUAAUAGGCUGUGCAUUGCAGUGAGUUCUUUACAUUUGGUACAGAAUGGCAGGCAAGUGUGAAAAGGGGUUGUAGCAAAUGUUUUUCAAAGCAUGUGCCUUGGUGUGUUCUAAAGUUGGUAUUUCUGACAACAAUAAAUCUGUUGUGUUGGCAUCUCAAACAUUAAGGUCAUGUUUUUGACUAUAAGCAUGCUUUGAUUUGCCUUGCUCUGCUCACAUUUAAUCAAUGUAAAUAGACAACCUAAAGUGUAUUGUAUCUGAAAAAACUACAUGGCAAGGUUGCCUAUUUUUAUUUAUAUUUGAAUAAAGGUUGAAGCCAUUUAUAGAUUG